CUGCUCAGUUGGUUAUUCGGUUGGCAGACCGCCGAAAGUGUGCAUCGCAUUCAGCUAGCCCUGUCUGGCCAUCAAAGGCUUGUUUUACUAGCGGGGAGGAAAAACUUCAAGGACUAAAUAGUGCCAACAGUAAACGUUUAACUUUUUUCUUUAAAAAAAAGAAACCAAGACUAGUUGAGAGUAAAACUCACUUUGAGAAACCGUUCGUGAGAUCCUAGGAUAUCAAGUGAACUAGCGGCAUAAAAAGUGCAGAACGAAUUAACAGGUUGUGAAUUGGUUUUUCAAACGGAAAAGUCGUUUGUGCAAAGAAAUGUAGUGCAAAUCAAAGAAAAACUAAGAAGAGACCAUCCGGCGUAACAAGCAACGGAGCGGUGAAAAGGAAGUGAUUUUCGACAGAAAACUUGAACAGCCCGGCUCGCAAAACACAAGUGGGUGAGAGCCAAACUCUUAAUCAGAAAGUAAUUUCCACCAUCCCCGUUUUUAAUCCUGUGGCAGCCUCUCGGAAGCCUUUAUCCUUUUGUGGAGCAGAAUAAGCGAGAAGUGAAAAUUAAAUUUCCGAAGAAAAGUGCGAAAUCAGGCAAAAAAAAUAAAUACAUAAAAUACUUAAACAGUGAAAGCGAUCCCCGGUCGGGUGGUGUGCUUUGGAUAAGUUCAGGAAGCAGGAGGAAAUUCGGCAAAAACACUCAAAGUUAAAAGUUUUGCUCGACUUGCCGGGUGGAAUCGCAAGCAGCAGCAGCAGACAGACCGGGAACAGAGCGGGAAAACACUGCAGAGAACAACAUCAACACACGAUUCUGUGAAAGAUGCUGCCGCUUGUGUUCUUCGUUUUGCUGGCAGCUCCCGUGGUGCUCAGUGCCGAGGAAAACAUGGCCGGCCACUUGGUACCAUCCGCCACAGCCAGCGCCAAGGCCGGGCUAGCAGAGACGAGCCGAGUGGGCAAGGCCAUUGCCUAUAACAUGACGAUAGCUGCGCGAAAACCGAAACGUUCAAAUGUGGAAAUCCCGUUGCUGAUUAUUAGACCGAUCGACAAAAAGAAAAAGAUAUCUUAUAAGGAUCACAUGGUCAAACUUAUGACCGGUGGCGUGGCAUCGUAUGGGUCUUAUCCGGAUAUGCAUUCCAGUGAUCAUGAAGUAUUUUCCUUUGAGCAUAUGUUGCCGAUCCUAGGACUGGAGGGAAUGGUGUUCAACAAUGCUCCCAAAACACCACACUUCAUUCCUUCUCCACAUUAUAAGCCAUCUGAAUACCAUUUUUCGCCCCCAAAAUUUAGAGAAACUAGUAUCGUUUCAUCCAGCUUUGAUCAUACCGAAGCCGAACCAGUUCAGACUCAUCCAUCAUCAGCCCCACCGAACUUUGUACCUGCCAUCAACACGGAAGAACAGUUACUAAAAUUGGGCCAUCAAGCGCUAAGCAAACUUGAAACACCCAGGGCACCCUCUCACUUUUCGCCAGUAAUUCAAGAUAAACCCGUUUUUAUCAAGACUGAACAUUUGCCAAGUAAAUUCAAUUCCCAACAUGUACAUUCGUACAAAUCAGUUCCAACCAGUGAUUUUCAUCCAGCUUACGGCCCGGGAAUGCACAACGAGAUUAUCAUGUACCAUAAGCCACAAUACUAUCCAUCGAAAUCACCACCCUCAUACAAAUGGCACGAGCAAACGAAGAAACCACACAUGAGCAGUCCUCUAUCCAUCUCCACUAACUUCUACUAUCCCAAGCACAUACCUGAAGAAAACUAUCAGCAUCCACAGCAACAAUAUCAAGCUUUGCCUUAUUACCAGCCUCAACUAGAAACAACUCCAGCCCCGGUUCAAACGCACGUCAGUUACUUCAUCCCGAAAGAAAUUGAGCCAUUGCCUGUUCCUCAAACAGUUGUCCAUGAGCACGCAGAGCCUCAACAAAUACACCAGCCAUCCCUACCCGUCAACACGGUCCAAAACGGAGAGCAGGUUGAUUUCGUUGUGGUCAAACAACCAUCCGUAGAGGAACCACCAAAGGCAUACUACAAGUCGAAAUACCACAAGCAACCACACAGUGCACCCCACGCCACCUACUAUAUCCACAAACAGUUCGAAUAUCCCGGAAAAGGAAAUAGCAAUGAGAAUAAAGUGGUUUCCGAAUACCACGGAACUCACAAUCGAACCAAAGUGGAACUGAUUCAACAUCAUUCGGAAAAUCUUCCGUAUUCAGCCCCUCAAUAUCUCCCUCUCCAACCACCUCAACAAGAAUCCAGACAGCAGCCCUCAGCAGCUUACACGCUACAUCAAACUCAACCUCAGCCUCAAUCGUUCCAUCAACCAAGCCCGCAAACUUCGGCCCAUCAGAACCACUGGAAGCUGGGUCGAAGAAACCAGCACGAACAAAUCAAACCCGUCGUGGAGCAAACCAGCGAGCCGGAACCGGACAACCAAUACGCGUCGUCCCUGCAAACAUUCAGGACGGCGAAGCCAGCCGAGAAGUCCACAACGGAAGUUAAGGUUGAGAUCGAGCACGUGCCACAGACUCGGUCGAAAGAGAAGACACAAACGAUAGUUCAACCGAAGCUGCAGCAACAACAACAACAACAGCAGCAGCAGCCGAAAAAUGAAAGUACGAGCAUCAGGCCGACAACGACACGGGCCGGUAGGCAGGGUUGAUUCGUGCAACUCCUCGAAGCGUGCGAGAUGCGAUGCGACACGAAGCAAGAGUACAUGCACUCGAAAAUGACUCCACUUAUGACGCCGCCGAGCCAGACGAAUGGGCAGAUGAACAUGGUUUAGGAACUGGAAAUCGUGAACUUUAGAUGGUGGAGAAGGGACCCAAAACAUAACUACUGCGUAACGGCGAACCCCUUGUGGAUGAGGCGGUGUGAAGAGCGGACGUCGUCAUCGUCGGCAGCGGAACAUCCAAAACAUAGCAACUAACUUACGCCGAUUACGGCGAAAAUGACAACAUCCAUUAGACCAUAAACGAUCCGGAAAUCUUCGGAGUCUCUUAAUUGACGCAUUUUUAUUCAUAUGUUACCUACCGUGUUUCGGUGGUUAGUCUCGUUCAGUUUCGUUUGAAUUGUAUUAGGUGCAGUAGUCCAUAUGAUUUUUGGUAACUGCUGUUUUCUCUGUUACGCGCAGCCAAGGUGUAUUUAUUUAUCGAAAUUAAGUUACAGAAGGAUGACGAAUGUGCGAGUAUGAAAGCUGUGAGUGAUUGUAUCGAAAGCAUAUUGUUAGAAAGAUUACAUCAAGUGAAAGAUUUUGAAUAACAAUUAAUGAGAUCGUAUUUUUUUUUUCAAAUCAUCCUAUAACUAAGAUCUUUUUUCAUAGAUUUCUUCCAUAUUGAAGGAAAUAGUAGUUAAUUUACUAUUUAUUGCUUAUGAUCGUUUGGUACAAUCGAUCAAAAUAGCUGCAUUACACUAUAGACCGUAAGAAACUUCGAUAAUAAAAUAACAACCUGAAUAAAAACGCUUAAA